AUGACUGCAGUCGAACCUAAAUAUCAAACCGUGCUGCUGGAUAUGGAUGGCGUCCUUGCCGAAGUUUCCAGAUCCUACCGUAGUGCCAUAUUGGCUACUUGUCACCACUACGGAGCAAACUCCGUGUCCUUCGAGACGAUUACAGAUUGGAAAGCUAGGGGUAACGCCAACGACGACUGGCAGCUCUCGUAUAACCUGAUUCGGGAUGAUCCGGAAGGUCGAAACGACAUUUCUUUGGAACAAGUUACUGCCACUUUUGAGGAUUUAUAUCAAGGAACGACGACGAAAGAAGGAUUGUACAAGUUGGAGACGCUCAUUCCGGCCCGAGAAACGUUAGAAAAAUUACGUAAACGGUCCACGCCAGGCAUGGGUAUUGUGACUGGUCGGCCCCGAAAAGAUUGCAUGACGUUUUUGAAAAAUUUUAACCUUGAAGAUCUCUUUGACGCGCACUACUGUAUGGAAGAUGGCCCAAGUAAACCUGAUCCUUACCCUGUUCGUCGUUGCUGUGAACUUCUUGGCGUAGAGCCCACCAAGUCUGUGAUUCUUGUGGGUGAUACUCCAGAUGAUAUUCAAGCAGCAAUUUCAGCGGGAAUCACUGGCGUGGGAGUUACCACCCCAGAAGCGGCCGAAAUGCAGGAAGCCAAAGGGAAACACCAUUCUUCGGCAAAGCUGAGUGUCAUCAUGAAAGAGCGGGGGGCUGAUGUCGUCUUGCCACCAGGCUUUGUGGAACUUGUGGACUUCAUGAAACACCCAAAUUAA